CAAUAAGCUACAAGCCAAUUUAUCUGUGUUAGCAAAGACAACACUCUAAUUUUUCAUUCAACAUAGAAGUAAUUUACUCACACACACCAUCGUCUUCCCGGCUUCCAUUGUGGUUUCGAUGCAUUCUACUAGGGAUAUCCAACCGUUUUCGUUUCCUUAAUUUUCCCUUACGCUGUGAGCUUUUUAGGGAAGCUCAGUUUAUAUCUAAUUGUUUCUAAGAAGAUGUUGCCUAAGGCAUUGUUGGCCAAGUUUAUUCCCAAGCCCUCCAAUGUUUCUCCUUUUCAAUUCAAUCAACAGAGAGGAUUGCAUAGCCGGAACAAGAAAGCCAUGGAGUUUAUUGCCAAAGGAUGGAAUGCUUUGAAGGAGGUUGAUAGAGUUAUUGAUUAUUGUGAGCUCAAUGAUAGGCGUCUCAUCCCUCUUCUUAACACAGCAAAGGAGAAUUUUGAGCUUGCUUUGGAGGCUGACAACACCAAUACUCAUGCUAGGUAUUGGUUGUCCAGAUUGCAUAUGAAAUACCAUGUUCCUGGAGCAAAUAAGGCUGUAGCGUCAGCAUUAUUAGUAGAAGCAGCAAAUAUGGGUGAUCCUAAUGCACAGUAUGCAUUGGGUUGUCAUUUAAGAGUAGAGAAUGAGGAUAUCCAUUCAGAUCAACAAGCUUUUUAUUAUUUGGAGAAAGCUGUGGAUCAGUUGCAUCCAGAUGCUCUUUACCUUUUGGGUGCUGUAUAUUUGACUGGCGACUGUGUUAAGAAAGAUAUUGCUUCGGCGUUGUGGUGUUUCCAUAGGGCAUCAGAGAAGGGCCAUGCUGGGGCAGCUAUUUCAUAUGGAUCUCUUCUUCUCAAAGGAGUCAAAAUUCCAGAAUCAUUAAUAAAGUUCAGUUUGAAGAGAGGUUCGGCUGCUCAAAUGCGAGGUAAGAACAAAGAAAGUAUUGCAAUUGAUCCAGUAGAGAUGGCAAAAGAAAAAUUUCAGAUAGCUGCAAAAGGAGGAUGUGAUCUUGGAUUCAAAUGGCUUGCAGGGUUAGAGGAGGAAAAGAAGCGGUUACUCACCCAAGAUUAUUAAGAUUACAGUAGGAAAUGCACUUAGUUUUUGAAUCAAAACAAUUGUGAUUUAUCGGAGUAAGCAUUUCUAAUGGCUGAUGAAAUUCCUUUAGAGGAAAAUGUGAAAAAUUAGAUACAGGAGUUGUUAAUAAUUUUAUAUCUCAUUAUAUACGAAUUUGUACUUUAAUAACAACAGCAACUACUACUACUACUGAGUGUACCGAAAAAAUGUGCUAUUAGAGCUCUAGAGGCCUAGAUGAAGAAAAUUCGUUAUUUUUACAACCUUUAUCUUGUAUGGAUCUAAUUCUGUAAUUUGUGCCUGUUUCUUCUGCUUUA